AAAUUACUUACAUCUCUUGGUUUCUCUCGACUCAUACUCCGCCAUUUGCUUCUUGCAAUAAAAAAAAAAUAUAUAAAAAAACAAACAAUGCAUCUCGCAAUCAGCUUUGUCAUCUUGGCCAUCACUGUAGCCGCUAACGCCGAAGCGCAAUACGGUUACCACAACCCAUACGGUUAUGGUAACCCAGUCGGUCACUUUGCUCCCCCUCAUCCAGGACCUUACGGUCAUCCCCAGCCUGGACCUUAUGCUCAACCUCAGCAAGGUUACUUCCGCGCCGGCUACCCUCAGCCAUCCUUUGAAAAUAAAAAUGACAAUCCCGACACCCGUCUUUUCUUUGGAACUGUCACCAUCACUUUGGCCACGACAACCUCCACCAGCACCAUCGUCACAUCUACCACUUGCACCACUUCAGCCCGUGCCAUCUCCAUCUGCUCUCCUUCCGGCCGUCGUCGUCGUGGUCUCGGUUUGAACACCAGCCAGAAAGCCCGUGGACUUUUCUACAACGACGAAGAUGAUGAAACUGAAACAGGCAGCAUCUUCACCCGCUCCGACAAACCCGAAGUUGUCCCUGUUGCUGCUGUUGCUGAACGCCAGGUCCGCUCCACCGAUGCCAUGGUCCCCUUCGUUGUUCAGCCCGGUUUCAACGCCCCAGAAGGUGUUCGAGGUGGCCGUUUCAUGGUUACUUUUGGAACAUCUACCACCAUCACCACCACGACCAGCACCUAUACGGCCGUGUUGACUGCCGCAUGCAGAAGCACCACAAGCUACAGCACUUGCCCCGGCACCGGCAAAUAAUUUAAGCUGCUUUUCCCGUUAAUGAUAGUAUUAUCGUUGCCAUUGUAAUCCAAUGUAUUUCUUGUGAGGAAUUGCAUUUCCCCGAUAUUUAACUUGAUUAUGACUUCUUGUGUAUCGACUUGAUUAAUUAAACUGAAAACUUGGGAGUUCUCCCACAGUUCAUUUCUUUAUCAUAACAA